AUGGCCUUGCGCAGCGCCGCGCGGAUCCUGCCCCUGGCGCUUGCCCUGGCGGUGGUGGUCGAGGUGUCCUGGGGCCGGAGGCCGUCGGGCGUGCUAUGGUCUGGGCAGGGCUGCGCCGCACUGGGCCGCUGCUGUCCGGGCCGUGAUCCGACCUGCGUCGCCCGCGGGCCCCCGCGCUGCUUCUGCGACCAGGCGUGUGACGCGGUGCGGGACUGUUCCCCGGGCUACGCGCGGGUCAGCCCAGAGUGGAAUGGCUGGAGUUGCUGUGUCAAGCCCUGCCAGAUCUCCUAUCGCAUCUGCCGGAGGCAUGUCCUGCGGGAGCCAAGGAACGGGUGUGCUCCCUGCCCCCCACUGGAAGAGCUGGCUGGCUGUGUGGAUUACUGCGGCCGCCAGAGAGUGGAGUGCCAACAGUCUUUAAUCCCUGCUCUGAUAACCACAGGCAGCUACGGGAACAAGCGGAAAAAGCGAGGUGUCCCCAAGGAGCAGGAGACAGUAGGGUACGGCGUUCAGUUCCUGCUGGGGCCCGUUCCAGAGAGCCGCCGGGAGAGCCGCCGGCAGGUGAGGGCGCCCCACGCCCAGUGGACAAGGUAUCUGACCCAGGGCCACAUGGUUUGUGUGAGGUGUGAGUGGCCUGCCCCGGACGCCAGGAACCAGCGCUGCUACGGGGAUGUCGGCGGGGCCGGAGGGAACCAGCUGUUGCAGUGCCAAGCAGCCGGCCACCCCCCGGUGCCGAGGGACCUGGGAGAGGCUCAGGCAGCUCCAGGACUGUUCCUGCCCUGA